UUACGUAGAUAUUGGUUUGAGUGUUUUUAUCUCUGAGCAAGUUGCGCGAUUGAAAUAAAUUUCUGCAAGAAAAAUGGAUUGCCAAAACGUUAGAGUGCUGAAAGAAACGAACAACGCAGUGAGCAUGGAGGUUGUUUUGGCGCAACCUUCAUCCCCUAAACCAGCAAUCGCGUCUGCGGAGAAAUCCUUGCGGUCGCAUACCGAAAUUGUGCAAAAGCUGGAAGCGGCUGAAAAGCGGAGAUCUUUGAAACUGGAACAACGUGCCAACGUGGGAGCAAAUAUUUCGAAUAUGGAGGAAGUUCAUGCAAGAAAGGCCGUCCUUCAUGGACAGUUUAUCAGCGCUACGAAAGAAGCGUUGGAUUCAAAAUUGGAAGGUGCCGAAGAAAAACGAGUCAAAACUUUGGAAGAAUUGAAGCAGCGUGUGAAAGAGCGCCUGGAUAAAAUUGCUGAAAUAAAGCACAAUAAGGAAAACAGUGCAGAGAAUCUAAAGCUUUCCAUUGAGGAGAAGAUUAAAGCUGCCAAUGAAAACAGGGACCAGAAUCUCCAGUCCAUGGUUGCUCGUUUGAAAAAUCAUCUCGAAAAGGUGGCUCAAGCGAAUGCCACUCAGACAGAAGAACUGCUUGCCUUGCGUGCAAAAAUAGAUCAGCAAUUGCAAAAUGCUACGGAAAACCGCGCUGCUGAGCUUUUGAAGAUUAAAAAGCUAGCCCAAGAUGAAGAGAAACGCGUGGAACAGGCUCGGUUGAAGAAGGGAGAACUGAACAGUUCAAAUGCUCAGAUCGACAUGGAGGCCUAGACAUUCUCAGUUGAUCAAAAACGCAUGCAUAUAAUUCUUUCGUUUUCAGAGAUCUUCAUUAAACUGUGUUUUGGGGCGAUUUAUCUCAUUCACGAAUUGAUGUUCUCAGAAUUGAUCUGAAGUCGAUGGGCUUCUCAUUGAGAUUAUACUUUGAUUGAUCUGGUCGAAAUCGAAAGGCUUUAAAGGUCUUCCUGUAUUUUACUGAAAAUCAGCUGUGAACCAUGAUCUUCCGCUGCGCGUGUUCUCGAAUAAUUUUGUAAUUUUGUGAAGAAAGGGUAAUUUUGAACGUCGAAGCAUACCUCAAAGAAAAAGGGCGACUUUUUAUCACGCCAUACCUUUUUUCAUUUUCCCAAUAGUUUUUAGGUGUUAAAAGUCGCGUUUUGCUCGCAAAGCAUUAAUUCCUGUCGUGCCAUUCUCCUCGGUGUAAGUGUGUAUACAAUGUGUUUUACCCUAGUGAAAGGUUUUAGUUGUGUUCUAGAGAAUCGUUCUCAUUGCCAUGUAUAUGUUUUGUAAUCGCCUUUUCGAACAUUUUUUUUUAUCUGGUGUGUUCCUCUGCAUCGUAAUCUGUUGCUCCGUUGGUGUAAAAUUGUUCUCGGGUUUAUUUGUUGCUCAUUGUCGGCCAAUUUAUUUUUUCUCGUGAUGUCAGGGCGUGGAUUUUAUAAAAUUUUGAAAAGCUGCUUCAUUUAAAAUUGAAAUUUUUGCAGAGAUUGUAUGAGUUUUUGUUUUCUUCGAGUGAUUCGUUGUGUUUCAUCGAUUUUUCGCGAUUUCCGAAAGUUAACCUUAACUAUUGUGACUGCUUCCCAACGGUUUAUCACUAAUUGAG